CUGACUUCCCUGCAGUGUGGAAGUACAACACAGCAUGCUGCUCCUCAGUCUCACACACAAAGAACACGCGUGGGUUAGCUACAGCACGGAGCAGUAUAGAAACUGUGCACAGCAGAUAUGCAUGAGGAAGUACAACUUGGGGCGUCUUACAUCGUAAGACUUCUGAAUCGUCACCAGAAACUGGACAGCGAGCAGGUGGAUCGAUUUACGGAGACACUAACCUCUAUCCUCUGCGACAAGUUUGAAGGCCACUGGUAUCCAGACAGCCCACACAAAGGACAGGCGUACAGGUGUAUACGGAUAGAACACAGUCUCCUGGUGGAUGACUCGGUAUUACAGGCCUGUGUUCGGAGUGGUUUGCGCUGCUCGCAGCUAGCACUGCCAAAAAUCAUGUACAUCUGGAUCGAUCCCCAGGAAGUUAGCUGCAGGUUAGGAGAAAGCUGCAGCCCCUUUAUCGUAAAAGCUUCAGAACAUCUAAAGUCCAAAAAGAAUCAGACCUCAGAGAAACCAGACCUAGAGACCUCAGACUACCACUCUGAUGGCUCGGACACAAACGGGAGCCCAUCAGAGUGCUCCAGCGAGGACGAAGAAUCCACUGGGGGCAAGAAAAGUACGGCUCCAGUGAUAGACACAAAAACUACUGGCGCUCAGUUUUAUUACAGCCCAGCUCCGCCUUCCACUGUCUUCUACCAGUAUCCGAGAAACGCGUUGAGCUUUAUCCCGGCAUAUCAGCCCAUGACCCUAUAUUAUCUGGUCCCAAAGUUUUAUCACAACAUCAGGCCCAGGACAGUCCAACAGAAAUGGAAAUCCAAAAAGUCUACACCUCCUGCCAAAAGUUGAAUUAUGACUUUACUGACCAUCGUGAGUUUGUCCUUAGAUGGCUUCUGUGCUUCAUCUACUGGAAGAUGACUUUGAAGAACAUCCCUCGGGUUGGUCUUCUCAGUUGAAGUUAGCCCAGUGUUCAAGGUCCACAAUUUUUCAAGCAGCCAAUGUGUAUAAUUCAAGAUUUUUAUGUGGAUACUCAGGAAAAAAUCAAAACUAUAAAUGAGCCAAUUUUUAUUUAUUUUUUCUCAUUAACUUGGUCUCUGCUCAGGAGUAUAGCUAUUACUACACAGUGACAUGAUGGAACUUGGAGGAAAGUAACCAACCAUAAUAUUAUUUUAUAGCACCAGCAUACGCCAUGGUGCUUUCCAGUUGGGAGCAGACACAACAAAUGAGUAUUAGCAGACAGGGGGGCAGAUGUAUCAAACCUUGGAGAGAGAUACAAUGGAGAAGUUGCCCUCUUAUGUAUAUAGCACAGUCUUUGAAAUGGCAGAAUUUUAUCGGUUGCUUCGGAAACUUCUUCACUUUAUGGGGGACAUGUACUAAGCAGAGAUAAAAGUGGAGAAGUGAGCCAGUGGAGAAGUUGCCCUUGGCAACAAGUCAGUUGCUCUGUAUACUUUUAUAGUAUGCAAAUGAUAAAUGUUAUGUCAGUGCUGAUUGGUUGCUAUGGGCAACUUCUCCACUUUUAUCACUGCUUAGUACAUUUCCCCCUAUAUCUCUUCAAGCCUUGCUGCUCCUCCCUAGACAGAUUUAAGAGAGUCAUGCUGGCAAGUUAAUAAAUUAUGGGAAAAUAGGAGUUAGAUUAUGUUACAUAUUAUUAUUACAUAUUCCAGCCUGAUUGCAAUGGGGAUAAUAGAGAAUGUUCUUGUAUAGUUUUGACAUGUAGGUUGAGCUUUUCAUAAGAUAGGAUUUUAUAAUGGGUUACAUUUCUGUAGCUGAGGAACUACUGUAUACUCAUUUAAUAGUGGUUUGUGUCUCUGUGGUUUUACAAAGUGAGUUUUUUUUUAUGAGCAAAACUGCAUCACUGGACUGUCUAGAAGCACAUUUAUAUGAAAUAACAGAUUCCUUGAGGAUACAUUUCUUGGGGUCAUUUUCCCAGUUUCGGGUGCUCUGUAGAAAACCAGGCCAGGACUGUUUAAGGCGACGACAUUCACCUUUUAGGCCUCCAGUUUCACUUGAACAGCUAAGACUAGGAUUUUCUCUGGUUGUAAAUCCAUUAGCUCUGACUGUAUAUCGGAAUCCAAAUAGUGUUUAUUUUAUAUUGGAUAUCCAAUUGUUAACAUCUAAAUCCCAUUGUAUGCCUUGGAAUUGGUCAGGUGCUAUCAAGCCACAAGGGUCUUUGAGGCCCACAGAAAAGUUGGAGGACUUCCCAAUCACUCAACGCAUUUUGGCUUUGAGUUGGCGUUGCUGUGUGGUUGAUUGUUCUGGUUCUUUAAAUCAUAUCUCUUUACCAUCCCACGGAACACAGGUGCCAGCUAGCAAGCAUGCCUAAACAUUUUCAUCUUCUGCCUGUGACCAAACUUAGAGAGUCACCUAUGUUCAUGAUGAACAUUUUUACUGGCUUCUAAAAAGGUCUUGGUAGCCCCAAGAUUUGGUUUAUUGGCUCUUCAAUUCUGUAUUCAUUUGUCUGCUCCGUCUUAAACUGCAAUUACUUGGCAUUUGACGCAAUAAUACCUUUUGUGUCCCUGUGCCAUGUAUUAUAAAGGUCAUUUAUUAUGCCCAUUUGUUUGCGACAUAAAUGAUACAAAACAUUUUGAUCGUAAUAGCUGUUUAACUCUUAUUUAAAAGGGCAACUGUGGGCUGAGUUCUAGUACGUUGAGUACAUUUAUACCAGGAAGUUCUGGUGUUUUGCAUCAGAGAGUAGUGCACAUUUAAGGAGGUGAUAGCUGAGGUUAUAUGCACCACCUGCUAUAGAACCCACACCCACAGACUGUAUCUCCAUUAAGGUUCAUCCUGAUCAUUCCUGAGUAUGGUAACUGCACAUGUCCAAUGGUGCAAUGUGACCAUAACUGGAAAUGAAUACAUUUGCUACCAUGGCUCUUUCACUGCUACAGAAUUUGAGAGGUGCUUGACCUUUAUGCCCACACAGCAGAGGCUGCUAUGUGGAGACUGCUGCUUAUGCACCAAUAGGGACCAGUGCCUUAGUCACAUAGCUUUCUAGCUCCAGAGAUGCCUCUAAUUCCUAGUGAAUAUUCCGCACCUUCUUGUGCACUGGUUUGGUCUACAACAUCACUGCCUUCACAAUGUCUGACCUCUGUUUCACAUGAAUUGAAAUUAGCUUUAUAGAAAUAUGUUGUGCCUGAUGACAAAUGUGAGAUUUAUGUGUUCUGGUUCAUUGUCAGUAAUUAUUGAUAAUGAUAACAGGCUUUGUCAAAUCAGUCAUAAUUCGAAAUGGCGACACUGUAUCUGAUCAAUUUACAUACUGCUGCUUAAUUUCAACAGUAAUAAUGUUUUAUUUAAAAUUUGAUAUAGUUUUUAAUGUCGUGUUCUAGUGUAUGUGAAAGUUCUUUGACCGGUUUGGGUCUGGCAUACAUACCGGUCCGUUUUCUGCAUCAUAAUGUGGAUUGUAGUUCACAGCUGCUAGGGGUAUACUUGCAGAGCAAGUGACUCCUUCUCGGUGGGUUUGACCUAAAAAUUUAAAGCAGUAGUAUUUAGUGCAAAGUCAGGUGUGUUUCGCAUUUAAUAAUAGUGCCGCUUUAAAUUUUGAGAUCCGAGUAGUAGUAGUUUGAGAAAAGAAGAAAAAAAAACCAUGCUUCGUAAAUCUAUCCCUUAGAUUCUUAUGCCUAUUAAGUUCACCAUUUUUCUAUGUGCGUGUCCCGUUUUCCUCAUUUCUGGUAAAUACAAUGCAUUUAUUUAAUUCUUCUCUGAUAGAUUACUAAGUGUGGGAGCUUUGUGUAGAUAUAAAUAUUUUAUUUAAUGAUAUCAAUUGUAAUUUUUUUUACCUUCUAAACCUUAAAUAUUACAGUUUUGUAAGUUAUAUAAAUAAGAUUUUUUUUUUAUAAACCUUUUACAAUGCA